UUAUUAAUAUUUCACCAUUUCCUAGUUCUUAUGGUAAUACACUUUCGGGUUUUCAUGUAAUCAGGUCUCUCCCAUAGAAGCUUUGUGGUGGUCAAGAUGUCGAAAGUAAAAACUCGAGACCUCAGAGGGAAAAAGAAAGAAGACUUGUUAAAAAAGCUUGAGGAACUGAAACAAGAGCUUGCAGCCUUGCGGGUAGCUAAAGUAACAGGUGGUGCUGCUUCUAAACUUUCUAAAAUCCGAGUUGUGAGAAAAUCCAUUGCUCGAGUACUGACUGUCAUUCAUCAGACACAGAAAGAAAAUUUAAGAAAGUUUCACAAGGGUAAGAAGUAUAAGCCCAAGGACCUGAGACCCAAGAAGACCAGGGCUAUGAGACGUGCCCUCACAUCAUACGAAAAGAAUCCAAAGACCAAGAAGGAGCAGAAAAAAUUGAGGAUCUGGCCAAUGAGAAAAUAUGCUGUUAAAGCUUAAAUUCUUUUUAUGUAACAGUGUAUAAAAUAAAAAAUGUAAAAGAAGGAUAUUUAAAUUGAAA